AUGACACCGACGAAAAUGGCGGGGACCUUCGGUGACACAACCUAUACCAAAGUGUUCGUGGGGGGGUUGGCCUGGGAGACCCGGACGGAGACCAUGAAGAAGCACUUCGAGCAGUUCGGGGAGAUUCUGGAGGCUGUGGUGAUCACCGACAAGAAUACUGGGAAAUCCAAGGGCUAUGGAUUCGUAAGUAUUAUGAAUUCCCAGAUCCUUUUCAGGUCAUCUCCCUCGAACCUGUCGCGUCGUCUUCCGAAUCUAACCGUCGAUCUGGAUUUCCGAGUUCAUCAUACUCGAAGUCGAAAUCUCUGUAAAAAACCAACAAAACCAGUCGAUAACUCUGGCGAUCUUGAUCCGCAUGUUCACGAAUCAAUCAGCAAUACCUAGCAAUCGACGUCGAAUCUAAUUUCUCCGAAUGCAUCUUCCUUCAAUCGUUCGUCUAUUUCCGAAUACGACUACGCUGCGGAGACGUUGAAAUAUUCAAGACUCCGUUCCUUCUCAUCUCCCGCCAUUUCAAUUCCAAAUCUCAGGUCACUUUCCGCGAGCCGGAGGCGGCGACGCGAGCGUGCGUUGACGCCUCGCCUGUGAUCGACGGCAGGAGGGCCAACUGCAACCUCGCCUCUCUUGGUGUUCACAGAUCCAAGCCCGCGACACCCCAACACGGUACGACGCUCCCUUUGCUGCCACUAAUCUUACAUCCAACAUCAUCGUCUCCUAUAUAAUACCAUAUCUGCUUAAACUCAAAUCCCCCUCAAAAUAAGCACAGGUAAAGAACCACGUUUGAUCUUUCCAUCCUAUUUACGCAUUCAGUCGCAAUGCAGAAGAACUGGUUUUUUUUCUCAGCUUCAGAGCUCUUCUUUUCUCGAGAGUAUCAAACUAUCUUUCUGGUUCUGGAACUGCUGCUGUAGAUUAUUUUCCAAAAAUCUGUGCGUAUCCCGCAUUGGAUUCCUCGAGAACUUCGAUAGGCAAUGCGUGCUAGGAUAGAGUCAGUCGAACCUUUGACCCGCGGCCACCCAUUAAUCGCCGCGUUUGACCAAUAAGAUCCAGCGACGAGCAAGCCCAUUUCAAGAACACCCAACUGGUAGCACAUGCAAUGCCAGCGUGAAAAACCCGACUGUGCCAACUGGGUCUUGACUUGUUUUAUUUUUUUCGUGCAAGAACUCGAAAUCAUAUGUGGGUUUUGCUUCUUCUGCAAUAAAGCUUAUUCUUUUUUCUUCUCUCAAUUUUUUUUCUUGGUCAGCGGGAGGCAGGAACUUCAGGAUGAUGAAAUCUUUCAACAGUGGCGUCCAAGGUGGAGCGGGAGCAGCUUUCCCUUCUCCUGCCACCCUCCCUUAUUAUGCCGUCCAGCAGUAUGUGUAUGGGUAGGUUUUUAAGAGCACGUAUCUCGUAGCACACUUAGGCGUCGCACGUGCAUAUGCGCUUCCACUGGAAACUAUUGGUUCCCUCUCUCUCUCUCUCUCUCUCUCCUCCCUCCCUGCCUGCCUCCCAUUCUCUCUCUCUCUCUCCCCUCCCCUCCUGCCUACCCCCUCUCUCUCUUAUACAUACAUGCCCGCACGUGAGGAGAGAGAGAGAGGGAAGCGUUACUCCCUCUCAUUUUGUCUUGGUUAUCCGUAUUAUCUUCUUCAAUCUCCUGUUCCUCUCUUCUCUAUCGCAGUAGAGAGGGAGGGAGAGGGAAGUAGGCAAUAUUUUCUUUUAUUUUGCCUGAACAACCCAUAUUAUCCUUAUCAUCCUGCUUAUCCUCUAUCCUCCCCGUCUAUGUGUCGACUACAUAUUUAUCUCGCGUCGGUAAGUUGACCAGCCCCUCUGUAAGUUGGUCAGCCUCUCCCCCAACCACCUCCCCCAGCAGAGACUACAGUGCAUCUCAUUGAUUGCCAUGGCGGCUAUGGCCAUCAAUGCCCUCGGACGUGAACCAUGAAUACGGAAACCAAAGCAUGUAGCUUCUGCCCAUUCUACGUGAAAAACUUUGCAUGAGCUUUUGUAUAUGCUGUCGCAUUUGUUGUAAUCUGCAAGUUAUCGAUCGUUGACCUUCUCGAAUAUCUGUGGACUUUGUACUCGCUCUUCUUAUAUGCAUGCUUCCGCAUUUCAGGUAUUCUCCUUAUUCCCUGGAGUAUGCUUAUCCAGCGGUGAGUUCUCUUCUGUCUGACAUUGAAGAGGGAUUCCUUUCUUUAAUGGCUAAAUCCUUGCUUAAUCUGCCAGAACUACUAUAAUCUCUACGGUGGGGCAACUGCCACGUAUCCGAUGUACGGUGGGGGGGGUGGGUUGGUGACUGGCACCGCUGCCCCCUUCUACCCCUACGUCCAAUUCGGCCAGGUCGGUGGGACGUCCGCCUACGCCAACGGGCAGGGUGGCUAUGGUGUGCAAUACCCUCACAUGCUCCAGUACUCGGCGGUGGCGUCAACGGCUGGCCUGACUAGCUUCGGUCAACCCUAUGGCGGGACGAUCUCGCUUCCCCCAAGCCCCUCUUCCCAAGCUGGUUAGUACAUGGAGUUUCAUUUAUAAGUUGCUCUCUCUCACUCUCUCUCGGUCGGUCGGUCGGUCGCUCGCUCGCUCAUUCCUUUCCCUCCCUAUCUCUCUCUCCCUCUGUUAUUGUGGGUUCAGCUUGCUGUACUAACGUGUUUAACAGUGGCUUUUACUGUGAAACAGGUAUGACGAUGGCCCUCACGUCUCCUUCUCUGGCGAGUCCGACGCCCCAUCACUACAGGCUCAUCCCACCUCAGUUCGUCCAGGCAACAGCGUCCGAGCAGCCCUUGGCGUAA